UUAACUUAUGUAAUCAAAAUGGCGACUGCAACUGUAGUCUGUGCAAGAAACAUAACUACCAAAGCCCUGCAGUUACGACCAGCAGUGGCUAUUUCUAAGAUUCUGGUGCGAGAUGCUACAUCAGCUAGUGACAGUCCUCGAAUGAAAACAUUUUCUGUUUAUCGUUGGGAUCCAGACAAGCCUGGUGACAAACCUAGGAUGCAGGAAUAUCAAGUUGAUCUAAACCGAUGUGGUCCAAUGGUCCUUGAUGCAUUGAUAAAGAUAAAAAAUGAAGAUGAUCCAACAUUGACAUUCAGGAGAUCAUGUAGAGAAGGAAUCUGUGGCUCGUGUGCCAUGAACAUUGGAGGAACAAACACAUUAGCUUGUAUAAGUCGCAUCAACCCAGACGAGGGAAAGAAAACCAAGAUCUAUCCACUGCCACACAUGUAUGUGGUUAAAGAUCUUGUGCCAGAUAUGAACAACUUCUACGAGCAGUAUCGCUCAAUUGAACCUUACCUCCAAAAGAAGACUGAGGUGGAAUAUGGAAAGGAACAAUACUUGCAAUCGAUUGAGGACAGGAAGAAACUGGAUGGAUUGUACGAGUGUAUCCUGUGUGCAUGUUGCAGCACUUCUUGUCCCAGUUACUGGUGGAAUGGUGACAAGUACCUUGGACCUGCAGUCCUCAUGCAGGCUUACCGCUGGAUGAUUGACAGUCGGGACGACUACACUGAAGAACGUUUGGCUAAACUGGACUCUGAUCCAUUCAAAGUAUACAGGUGUCAUACCAUCAUGAACUGUACCAAGACUUGUCCUAAGGGAUUGAAUCCAGGAAAAGCCAUUGCUGAGAUAAAGAAAAUGUUAGCUACAUACCAGGGAAAGAAGGCUGCCACAGCUUAGGAAAGCAAUCUUUUUUUUUUCCUUCUCCCCACUGAAUCAGUAUAAAACUUGACACAGUUGUACAAAAAAUCUCUCAAUGUAUUUACCAGGAAUACCUGUAAUUUGAAUUUUGCUUGCAUUUAAGCUCUCUGCUGUUACCACUUGUUUGAAAUUUUUGGCAGGCACAAAUGUCAUGAAACAGUAAGAGGAAGGAAAGAAUUGUGCUAACAAAAAGGUUUUUUUUGUCCUUGUUUCAGAAUUUAGUUUGCAUUUAUUUGUGCUCCAUGUUAGACUAUUAUGAUUAUUUUCUUAAAACAACAAGUGCUUGUGCAACAUGAAGGAACUUUUGCUAAUUUAUUUAAAGUGGAAUUAGUUUUAAUAGUACAGGAUACAAUGGUGAUAAAAUUUCUUCAAUAAAUCGUGAGGAACUUUUGUAAGGUACUUGUUUAUAAUCAACAGUUAAUUUCAAAAUACAUCAGGGGUUACUGCUGUUAUAAACAAGAUUGCUACAAGUAAGGAUUUACUUAAUAA